GAGUUAAAGGAGAAGAAGUCCAUAAAUACUGGCCUUAUUUUAAUCUCAAGUCUGAAGCAGACCUGACUGGGGAUUUCUGGGGAAUAUUACUACCCCUGCAAGGCAGACUCCCUCAGCCAGAGCCAGUGGGGCCCUUCAGCUGAAAUUCCAGCAGCACGGAAGAGAUGUGAGGACAUCUCUCUGGAGCUGUGACAACCUACCCAAGGAUACUGGAAAGCCUAUGUCUUGCUUUUGCUAGCACGACUCCAGACAUAAUUAAUUGAGACGGCAGCAAUCUGGCUGAGGGUGCGGAGAACUGGUGAAAUCUGCCUGUUUGCUAUGGUUUUGUUGUUGCUAGUUUCUUGGGUUUGAGCAAGAAAGAUAAGUAGCUGUCACCCAGCCUAGGCAAGGCCUUCACAACAUUGGCUUUUUGCAAUCCAACAUAAACAGGCAACUGGGAGGAUGCCAGAUUUGCAUUUUCUUAUAAAAACACAGGUAAAAUUACAGCCCUCACAAUCAGAAAGUAUCGCAUCUGACCAGAAAAGUGCAUUGUGAUUAAAAUUGCUAAAACCUAAAUGCAGUUUGGGCUGCAGCCUGUCCUCAGGAGGUUCAGCUCUGCUAUAACACUUGGGGAAGGAAGGAAGAAGGAAGCCAGCCUGGCUAGGGUGAACUCUGCAGUAGUUUUCCAAAGCUCUUUAUGGAGCUUAGCUCAGUGGUUUGCUCUGCCUGUUAUGGUGGAACAGGAUUUUUUUUUUCUGGUCUGGAAUUAAAAAAAAAAAAAGAAAAACACAAACAAAGACAAUGCAAUGAAGCAGAAAUCUCCACCUGGGCACACCCUCUCAUUGGCAAGGGUAAAUUUUCUGUUUAGAUUUUCAGCUCUCCUUCCUCAAAUUCAAACUCCACCCAUUGCACCAAUCAUCCCCAAAAGCAUCAGCAGGUCUCCUGGCACACGUAUAAAAGCAGAUGGGGCAGGACACCCCUCACAGUGUGCUGUACAUUGCCAGGUGUUGAAUUUUAUUGAAGCAGAGGGCUGCGAAGAGGCAUCAGGAGCCGCCAUGUCAAGUAAAAGCUUCCAGGGACUGAAGGAGCAGGCAGAAGGUGCAGCAAAAGAUGCUGCAAAUUCACUGGGACAGGCUACGCAGGAUGCAGUCAACCAGAUUACAGAUGCCAGCCAGAAAGCUAUUGAUAAGGCUUCCAAGACAGCACAAGAUGGUGUAGAAAAAGCAACUGGACAAGCUGCAGAAGCCAUGUCUGGCUUUGGGAAAAAAUGUGGACUUAAGAAAUAAUGUUAAUUUAAGCAAACAGUAUUGCAUGUAAAUUCCAUCUUAGUUCUGCAGUUCCCUACUCCUGCACGUGGAAAAAUGAAAGCUGUUUGAGAUCUGGAUGACUACUCUAUCCCCAAGUACAAAACUGUAAGGCAGAAUGCUCUCCUUAUCCUUCCUAUAGGAAAAUUACAUCUCUUAGCACAUCUUUUAACAUCUGUUCACAAUGUUCUGUUCAAAGUGGACCAUAAGGCUUCAGCAAUGUUAUUGCCAUGCUCUUACAACAGUGCAAUAAUUAUUGCCACAUUUGUUGAGUGUACUUACAAAAAUAGCAAAACUGUUAAUUUUCCGGGGCACCAAAAUAUUCACAUGAUGCAAUUACGUUUCCUCUCAGUAAUCAAAAGUUAGGCUGGUGUUCUAUUUCAUGGCAGUUGUUCACUCAUUCUAUUUUGCUGUAUUUUCAGAUUGAGAUAAAUAAAAGUACUAUUAAGAUUUCCA